AUGCUCGAUCACGAUGACUUCAUUUUUACUUCCGUUCCCGGAGUCACCUGGGCGGUGUAUCAGUUUCACCACGGAAAUCGAAAGUUCAAUGCCACGGUCGAUAUCGUCUCUAACGAUUGGUAUCUUUUCCAGGUUCAGGGCCCCAGCAGUGUAGCAGUGAUGGAGGCGGCAACUAAAUCAUCGAUCACUGAUCUCAAAUUCAUGCAUUCUAAGAAGAUGUCCAUCGAUGGGCAUAGCUUUCUAUGCCUUCGGGCGGGCGUAUCCGGCGAACGAGGCUUCGAACUCUGGGGUCCAGCUGAAGAAGCGCACGCUGUCUAUCGUGCCAUUUUGUCGUAUGGGACUGAGUUCGGUAUUCGUCAACUCGGCUACCGUGCCAAGACAGUGAAUCAUGUGGAAGGGGCGUUUCCUACUCCAUGGCUCGAUUUCCUCCCUUCGUUCCAUGGAGAUGACCUCGAUAUGGUUGAAUACCGCCAGUUUCUUCGAACCUCGGGUUUAGUCUCUCCGGCCGUGCUUCAUAUCGGAGUUCUUGGUAAUUAUAGCUCUCAUCCAUCCGCGCAUCAUCGUACGCCAUUUGACCUUGGAUGGGGGUGGCUUGUUAACUUUGACCAUGAUUUUAUCGGCAAAAAAACCCUGAAGAAAAUAGCCAGCGACCCUCCAAAUGCCCUCGCUACAUUGGAAUGGAACAGCAAGGAUGUGACAGAUGUGUACGCAUCUCUCUUCUGCAACGAGACGCAGGACUUUAUGGAAAUGCCACGAGAGUGGAGAGGCGUGACAGGAAGUGGUGUCUAUGAUGAUGACAGACUUAUUGGCUGUGCCGUCUCGCGCUGCUACAGCUACUGGUUCAAGAAGAUGAUCUCUCUCUGUAUCAUGGAGGUGAAGUACUCAACACCCGGAACAGAAGUUAUGGUCAAAUGGGGGAACGACGGGAGUCCACAAAAGAUGAUUCGCGCUGUAGUCAAGCCUGCGCCAUAUAAAGAUGACCAGCGAAAGAAGCCACUUGUGGAAUAG